AUCUGUGUUUACAAAAUGUUGGACCACGGCGAGGUUAAAGGUCAGCGUGGUGAUCCCCGGGGGGGCGGGGCUUUGGCUGGUUUGGAUAACAGGUGCAGCAGUGAAGCACCAUGCAGCUCUGUCUGGACCUGCUGUCCCCGCCGUGCCGCGGCCGCUUCCUUGAGAAAAUCCCGUACGAGUUCAGGCUGGUGGAUCUGCUGGCAGCCUCUGGGAGUCGGAGUGGAUCCGUUCCAGGGCCGGCCGGAGCUGACGGCCUGGAGGGAACGAGUGAAGAAGGAGCUGGGAGUGAAACUGUUCGACCAGGCCCACGAGGCGCUGCUGAACUCCAGCGGCCUGCAGCAGAAGAUGCAGACCAACAACACCGAGCUCCAGAAACUCAAACCAAUGUUCCUCAAGUAUUUCCGCUGAGAAAAUGGAAAUAAAAAUCUGAUGUUUGGUUGUUUCAGCAGAACGCCUCCAAACGUUUAAUCUGAAAGAACUGAACCAUCAUCCAGUUAGAGAAGGGAUUAAAACUGGAACUAAGAACUGUUCAAUAAAAACAGGAACAAUAUGAA